AUGGGGAACGGCUUCUCCUCCUCUGUACUCUUCUCCGCCCGCCAGUCGCGGACAGCUGAGGGGCGUCGCUCCAUCGUCGAUUCAUGGAUGCGCGAGGAUGAGACGCAGGGGCACUCCUUCCGGUACGUCCGACGCUCUUCAUCCUCUCCGCGGCGGUCUUCCGCUGCAUCUUCUUCUUCCCGGCGUCUCGGUCGCCAGGAUUCCGUCCCACGCCGCACAAUCGGGGCCAUCUCUGGUGCUGUUGUCUCGGGGAACUCCUCCACGAGGCCUAUCCACAUCCGGGCUCAGACUUUCCGGGAUGAAUCUGCUGCUUCGCCGGCACCGUCCAAUCCCCCCGGCUUCGAGGGAUCUUGCUCCUUCUCUGCCGCCCCCCUUCAGCUAUCUUCUCCCGCGGCGACUGCCGUCUCGUCUGUGCCAGUCGAUCGCUCGGUCUCUCUGCCUGGUCACAUAGGCCGUGGGGAGCUCUCCGAGCUUCGUGAUAGCUGCGGCGUCCCCUUAUCCGCUUCUCCGGCGAGCAAGAUUGACGAGAGGAAAAGUAGGGGCGUUUUUCCCGUGAGUGAUUAUCCUCUGGUCCGAAGGGCGUCACUCUUUCUUCGUCGGGGUUUCUCGGAGAGGAUCCGCCCCUUGAGCAUCCCCGUCCGGGAUCGGCAGCGAUCGUUCAUGCAGUGGGGUCACAGCAAGGCCGGCGAGGACCGGGUUCACGUCGUCGUGUCCGAGGAGCACCGGUGGUUAUUCGUUGGCAUCUAUGACGGGUUCAAUGGCUCCGACACCGCAGAAUUCCUCGUCGCCAGUCUCUACCGGUCCCUCUCCAAUCAACUCGAGGGGUUGUGCGGGGGAAAUGUGCAAGAAUUACAAGAUUCAGGGAGAUCGAUGUCGGAAGAAGAAGCAGUUGGACUUCGGAGGGAAUUGUCACUUCUUCAGUCGUCAAAAAUUGAGAGACCACUCCAUGAUUUUCUCGCCGACAGAAAGGACGAUCAAGUCCCCCGUGCAUCAGACUCCAUUUCUAAUUGUUUCAUGUUUCUUCCGUGGAACUUGACAAAUCGGUUUGGAAGACGGCAAAGACAAAGACAUCGGAUGGAAUUCCUGCAAUGGAGACGGGGUGAAGAAGGCCAGUACAAGGCGACAGGGGAAGCUACAAGCCAGGAGCGGGGAAAGACGUGGAAGCCCAACCAUGCUGUGGACCACGGACUGGUUCUGGAAGCUCUAUCACGGGCACUGGAGAUCACGGAGGUUGAAUACCUGGAGAGAUUGGACAUAGAAAUCCGUCAGAACCCGGAGCUGGCCCUCACGGGUUCAUGUGUUUUGAUAGUUCUGAUGAGGGACGAGGAUGUGUACGUAAUGAACGUCGGAGACAGCCGUGCUAUUAUUGCGCAACACAGGCCUGCGGUGGUGGUGGCUGGGAGAUCUGAGAGAGAGGAGAACAGUAAAGAUGUGUUUACUUCGGAAGAAGAUAUUGUCGAGGAAGUCGGCUGCGGAGUUCAGCGUGAACAUCCUGCAAUGGAGCUUGUCGCUUUGCAGCUGUCCACAGACCAUAGUACAAGCAUUGAAGAUGUAAGAAUUGUUUUAUAUAUCCACCUCAAAUGAUAGAUUUGAAUAUUUUUCAUUCUAUAAUAUUUAUAUUUUCUAAUUCUUAAAUAUUAUUAUUGAUUCGUAUGAAUGAUCUUUGAUCAUUUAGAAGAUGUCAAUGUUCGAACACCAUCCGCUUCAUAUAAUUCCUCACCUGCUCUGUUCUUGAUUUUGAAGGAAGUGCGCAGGAUCAGGGAAGAACACCCGGAUGACAGCAAGUGUGUUGUGAAUAAUAAGGUUAAAGGUCGUCUCAGGGUCACCCGAGCUUUUGGGGCUGGAUAUCUCAAACAGGUAUCCACAUUGUGCCAAGUAUAUUACGUCUAGAUUCUCCUUAAAUAAUUAACUUCUGAACAUCUUCCAGGAAUACAGAAUUGUUUACUAGACAGAAAUCUGUGAUGGGAUAAACAUUUGGUUAAUUUAUCUUUAAUAUUGAUUGGUCACCAACCAUUUCACAUGUUGCAGCCCAAAUGGAACGAUGGAUUACUGGAAAUUUUCCGGAGUGAGUACAUUGGCACGGCACCGUACAUAUCCUCCUCUCCCUCACUUUGUCACCACAAGCUUUGUCAGAGUGAUCAGUUUCUAGUCCUCUCCUCUGAUGGACUGUACCAGUAUCUAACCAAUGAGGAAGUGGUUUCUCAUGUUAAAACUUUCAUGGAGAGGUUCCCAGAUGGUGAUCCUGCACAAAGUUUAAUCAAGGAGGUGAUUGUCCGUGCAGCUAAUAAAGCGGGUGAGUUUCGUGGGCACUUUUAUAUUUGAUAAAAUUUCUGUCUUAUUCAAUUGAAAAAUGGUUGGUAUUAAGCUAUCUUUGCCUGGCGGUUACUGGAUCUUGAGAAAACUUAAACAGGAUAUUCGGUUGGUUUAGGUGUGGGCAUGGAAGUCGAGACGUAAAUCAGAAAUAAGUUCAUUUGAACUCCACGUUGAGUAUGGCUUAACCAUUAUAUAUAUUUUUUUCUCCCUUCAUGCAAUGCUGCAUCUUAUUAGAAUUCAAUGGAGGGUUGGGCGUUUCGUUUUGGCUAAGGCUAUGAAAUCCUCAGCGGCCCCUUGAUUUUGCAGCAUACAGAAGGGAAAAUAGGAGAUGUAAAACUUAAUUUCAUAACAUCCAGCAAUCUGCUUGGCUAUCUGUGUGCAUAGAAGCACGUGAUGCUGCACCUGCAUUGGAGUCGUAAGACUGAUGAGUUCUGCACACAGAUGGUCAAGGAGGAUAAUUAAUUUUAUGGGGCAUCCACGUAAUUGACCUGUAGUGUUCUUUCAGUAGUUAGCUCGCAGUUCCUUUUUAAGAUCAGUGCAUUUUUUUCUUUUAAUUGGGGAAAAAAAAAUCUUGAAAGGGAUGCGUGAUUACAAUAAACAACAGAGCUGGGGAACGUAGAUUUUAUUUAUUUAGUUUUCAUUACCUUCAUCAGCGAGUCUCCAUUCCUCUGUCAUGAACAUGCUGUUGCUCUAUGAGCGAUCACACUAGUCAGAACUUGCCUAUUUGCUUCAGUCUUAUUUUUCCUUCAUGAAACCGAUCGUUUGCUCACAUGUAGGCAUGGAUUUCAACGAGCUGCUAGGCGUUCCGCAAGGAGACCGCCGGAAGUACCAUGACGAUGUCAGUGUCAUAGUCGUAUCCCUGGAAGGAAGGAUGUGGGAGUCGUCACGAUGA